AUGGGUGUCCUAAAGAACCACUCCAAAGUGCUGUGUGUCUCAGCUGGGGCUGGUCAUGAGAUCAUGGCUCUAACCAAAAUGGGCGUAGAGGAUGUCACAGGUGUUGAACUGGUAGAGUCGUUGCCUCUGGUUAGCCGGGCCGAUCCCCAUAAUCUUCCUUUCUUCGAUGGGGCGUUCGAUGUCGUAUUUACUGGUCAUUUGGAAGAGGCAAUGUAUCCUUUGCAGUGUGCAGGGGAGAUGGAGAGGACUGUGAGAAAGGGUGGAGUGAUAGUGGUGGCUUUGGAGGAGUGUAAUGAGAAGGAAGUGAAGGACUUAUGUUUUUUAGGAGGUCCAGGCUUCUUAACCAUUCUCAGGUUACGUUCAAGGGAAGGAGAAUCACCUGGAUAG